AACCUUCUUAAUCAAAGCAAACCUUCAUAAUGACGACUCGUGCCCCUAAACGAGGUGCCGAAGAGUUUGAUCCUUCCGGUGAUGUCAGCAUUAACGAAUUUGUUUUGAAUAAGUUGACCAAGAAGCGUAAGAUGAUGACGCAGGCUGACUAUGACGACGAGGAUGACGAUGACGACGAUAACGAGUCAGAAAGCGAGUCUUCCUACUCGUCUGAUGAGGCGGAAGACGAAGAGACCGGAAAUAAUCCUGCCCAGGCAGGUAUCAUUGAGAAGUUAACUCUACGAAACUUCAUGUGUCAUGAUUUCUUUGAGCUAAAAUUGGGCCCACAAAUAAAUUUCAUUAUUGGUAGAAACGGAUCCGGUAUCUCUGUGGGGUUGGGAGCUAAAGCUAGUGACACAAACCGUGGUCAGUCCAUCCGUGAACUAAUCAAGGAUGGGAAGUCAACAUCGAGAAUCACUAUUGUUCUUAAGAAUGAAGGUCCUGAAGCGUUUCGACCAAGUGAGUUUGGCAAGAAGAUCGUCAUUGAACGGAAAUUGGUCCGUAGUGGGGUGAAUACAUAUCGGAUUAAGAAUGAGCAUGGGAACGUUAUAAGCACCAAGAAACUGAUGAUUGACGAAAUCUUGUACAAAUUUAGUAUAUCCAUUGAUAAUCCAUUGGCGUUCUUGUCUCAAGAUAAAGCAAGGGAAUUCUUGACGUCCAGUACUGAUACGGCAAAGUACGAUUUUUUCAUAAAGGGGGCUCACAUUGGUGAUAUUCUUGAUAAUUACACCAAGACCAACGAUAAUACCAAAGAAAUUGAAAAUAAGGUCAAGCAUGCAGAAGCAUUCUUCCAAGAAUGUAACAAGACGUAUAAGAAAGCCAGUUUGAUUUAUAACCAACACAAGAAAUCGGAUUGGUUAAGAAAACAAUUACGAGUGCUUCAUGGGAAAAUCUAUUGGUUUAAUGUUAAACAUAUUGAAUCAAAAAUUGAAACAUAUAAUACAAGAUUGAAUAACUGUAAUCAGGAACUUGGUGAAAUUACAGAGGAAAUAGCCAAAUGUGAUCAAGCUAUUGAACAGAAAACUCCUCAACGUGCAGUGUUUCAACAGCAAACCUCCCAGGCCGAAACAGAAUAUAAUCAAGCUAUAGACAAAGUCAAUCUGAUUAGACAAUCACGAGAUUCUAUAAAGGCAGACAUUAAACGAGAUUCUGAUGAAAUUAGAAAUCAUUUGAAGGAAAUAGAUACCUAUCAGGCUCAAAUCAAAACCAACCAAGAACUAAUCACCAAGGAACAUCAACGGAUUGAUGCGAUAAAUGGAGGUUCCAAGGAUGUGUUGCGAAAUCAAUUGGAUCAUAUUGAGCAGCAAUUGACAAAGUAUAAUAUCAAGCACCGUGAUUUAAGAGACAACAUUGCUGAAUUAAAAGAUAGUCCCGGUAACGAGCUUGGACAAUUAACUAAACAGCAACAGCAAUCAGAAUCAAGAAUUAAGGAUUUAAUAACGAGACAAAGAAAAUAUAGGGAAUCAUCAUCAGAUCAAUAUAGCGCCUGGGGGAACAACAUGGCAAAGAUCAUCAGGGAGAUUAAUCAAAUACACAACUGGCAUAAUAAACCGCUUGGACCAAUUGGGAGCUUUAUCUCGGUCAAGAAAGACCACCAGAAAUGGACUCCCUUACUUAAUACUUUGCUUUCCAAGACGCUUGAUUCGUUCUUGGUUUCUGAUGAACUGGAUAGAGCCAAACUUGAUACAAUACUUAAAAAGUAUCAGGUUAGGAAUAGCAUUAUUGUGAGAAAGUUUCAACGAUUUAACUUUAUGCAAGGUAAACCACAUGGUUGUGAUACUAUUUUGGAUAUUCUCGAUAUUAGCAAUCAAGAUGUGAUGCAUACAUUAGUUGAUGUCAACAAUAUUGAAAAGAUGGUUGUGUCAGAAGAUCGAAGAGGCGCCAAAGAUUUAUUGCAUAAUGAUGAUGUUGCUUGCGUCUUAUUGUUAUUCAGCAAAAACUCGGGACAAAGAUUAAGUAUGAGUAAUAAUACCGAACGUCAAGAUCCCAUUUAUUACAGUGAUGAUAUUUCCAAAUUCCGAGUUGAUAAUUCUCUGGAUUUAGUAGAUCAAAUCACUAAAGAGAUUGAAGAAGAACGAAUGAAUCUGAAUCAAAUCAAACGGAAAGUCCAACAGGCUAGACAAGCGCACCAACGUAAAAUCAAGACUUUAGAAGAUGAGUUGACAGUGUUGAAUAAAGAAAUACAGAAACUCAAGAACAAACAAGGUGAUAUUGAAGUUAAAUUGAAUGAAAACACGGAUUUAUCCAAGAUUGAAAGAUUGCAAGCACAAAUUGAAGACGACAAGGCCCAAAUAAGUAGGUAUGAGGGGAUUAAUGAAUCAAUGAGUGAAGAAAUCAAUACUAAGAGGAACCAGAUGACUGAGAUCAAGAAACAACUACUCGAGGCCAAGAAACAAGUGGAAAUUGCCGUUGACAAUAAAGAAAAGAUCCAACAGGAAUUGAUUUCAUUUGAAGCCGACUUGACUAGUGAUUUAGAUUCUAAAAAGCAUUACGAAUACGAAAAAACUAAACGUCAGCAAUUGAUCCAAGCUACUGAGGAAAAGAUUUCCCAAGGGAAACAAAAACUCGAAGAAUUGAUCAAACAAGCUGAAGAGAAAUGUGCUCGAGAAGAAGUUGUUUUCUCGCCUGACGAUACUCAUGAUUCCAUUGCUAAUGAAUACAAAAGUAUAAAUGAUCAAAUCAAACAAGUUGAAAAGGCAAUGGGUAAGACGUUUGAUCAGGUACAACAAGAGUUGGAAGAAGCAUUGAGUGCUAAACAAAAAGCAGAACAAGAAUUAUCUGACUUGACCAAUACGGCCAAGAGAUUACGUGAUGAAAUGAAUAUUCGUAUUAAAUGUUUCACCAUUGCUACCAAUUCCGCUAUUAGUCAAGCCAAUGAAAGUUUUGAAAACUCUUUAUCAUUACGUGGUUUCCAAGGUUCUUUAAAUAUUGAUUUUGACACCAAGACAUUAAGUAUGUUGAUCAAGACCAACAACAAAGAAGAUUUGAAACGUAAUGUCGAAUCAUUAAGUGGGGGAGAGAAAUCAUUCAGUCAAAUCUCGUUAUUGCUUUCCAUCUGGAGAGUUAUGGAUUCAAGAAUCAAGGGGUUGGAUGAAUUUGAUGUGUUUAUGGAUUCAAUUAAUCGUACCAUUAGUAUUAAAUUAUUGUUGCACGAGUUGAAGAAUUAUACUAAAUCACAAACCAUUUUUAUAACGCCCCAGGAUAUUACCAAUAUUGCUGACUUGAACAAUUCUAUGGUUAGAAUCCAUAAAAUGGACGACCCAAGGCCAUAACUUGGACACUUUUUGUAAUUCUCCACACUCAGCCUGCUACAAUACAAUAUAGGGAAAUUAUAGGAUAAUGUAUAAACUAUUUACAAGAAAUGAACUUAUUAUAUGGUUCAAGGCCUUUGAUUGUAGUGUAAUUUGCAAAUGAUACUGGAUCGAGCUGUAAAUGAGGUUGAAGUUUAAGAAAAGCCUUGAUAUAUUGUUCUAUAUCAUACUUUGAAAUGGUAGGAAUCAGCAAAAGUUUGGUAAUGAACUGGUGGAGGAAGGUCACAGUUGGUAUCUUAUUAAUCUCAACAUGCCACUUGUAUAGUUCUUCUAGACUACGCAAAGUAUGCUGGGGAUAUUUAGUGAGUAUGUACAAGAAAGUUUCGUUGUUAAUUAUUGGUUUUUGAGUAUCGUGACGUUUAAUCUGGGCGUGUAAUUGUGGCACUAGUUCAAGUAUCAAGUCCAAUUUGUUUAAAUCACACAAUGAAGCCAUAACGAACAUGGUAAUGUUAACAUGGUUGUUGAGACAAAUAUUGACUAAUUUAUGAGUUGCUUCGCCUGAACUCAAUAUCUGUUCAACAUGGGUGUGAAUCAUAUGGUGAAACUUCGGCAAGUCGAGUAGACUAAUUGUUCCCGACAAGAUUGCUAUGGGCUUUUUCUUGGGGUAGUCCCGACUAUACACGUUUCGUUGAAUUAUAGGAUUAUACAAUCCGACACCAUUCAAUUUCGCCACGAGUUCUUGAUGAAUGUCCAAGGGUUUCUUUAACGAAUCGUCAGUCUUGUCAGCAUCAGUUAGUGUUGUGUACACGUUCUUAUUGUACAUCACAUUGUCCAACCGUACCUUUGCAUUAUCAACGACUCUCCGCUGGAUGGCAGUUGCCUUGGUUGAGGCUUCUUUCCCCGUAAACCUCUUCAGCGAUUUCUCGUCGUGAGCCAGCAUUAAUUGAUUAAAGUGCGUAAAUGCUGCUGACAUGUUGAUUUCGGAGUAGGAUUCCACCAAUAGUAUUAGCAACAGCUUAUAUACUUUCUUGUUAUACGCGUACGAGUAGAAUCGAGUGAAGUAGUCAAACAUUCCCUCAACACGGGCUGCAUCUUUGUAAUUGGUGAAUAUCAUGGCCAAUUGUUCAAUAGUUUCGACAUUUACAAGAAAGGGUACAAGGUUGUUUUCGCGGACAUAUGUGCUUGGUUCGUCUGUGUAGUACUUGUAGUUGUUUAUGAGGUUGUGGUAGAUGAAUAUUGCUCCGAAAUGGGAGUGAUUUUCGCAAACCUUUGACACCAAUAUCGACCAUAUUUCAUUAGCAAGUUGGAAUGUGCUGCUGUCGGAUAGCUUAUGUAGUAGAGCGACCGCGGGCAUGACAUAGUUGCUAGCGAGCAAAUUAUAGAUGUACACCUGGAUUAGUUCAGGAUAUAGUUGGGCGUGGUGUGCGAGUAUGAAUUGAAAGUUGUCAUGAUAUGUUCCUUGUUUGAGCAAGGUUUGGAACUGGACGUUAAUUAAGUUUGGGUAUUGCUGGACAAGUGCUGUCUGGUCGGUGAUUGAUAAUUGUGAUAGUAGGGGUUCCAAUUCGGGGAUUGUCGUAUAACUAAGAGUAUUAUGCUGAAGAAAGUCGAGUAUGGCUGUAGAUGAGUAUCUGGCUAGACAACGACGCUGAGCUACCCGUAGAACCCUCAACAUUGGUCACUGUUGCAUUCAGAUACCGUCAAU